CGACAGAUUCAAGUUGAAGUAUGUUUUUUUUUAAGAAAACUUUGAAAGAGAGAUUAUUUUCCACAAAUUUUCUACUUCUAACAUUAUAUAUUAAAAUUAUGUUUGUGAUUAAAUCUUAGAUUAAGAUUUUAUUAGAGUUUGCGUGAAAUUAACGGAGGAAUAUGCUCUCGCUAUCUGUUAAAUUUAUCAGCAUUUCUAUCAUAUGUACAUCAAUAAAAUCAUCACGAUGCGAUUUUCUCUAUCUCGUUACUAAAUCGUAUCAGAAACAAGUGCAACAUAACGAAGUGAAAAGAGAUAGCCUGGAUUUACAAUGAUUGUCGCCAUCGACAUCCACAGUGAAGUCCGUUCACUUCUCAAGAUUUACCGUUUCACUUUUACGCAGUUAAUCUUCAAAGCGCUUUUACAUCUCACAUUUAAAAUCUUGAUAAAUAGGAACGCUUUCUGAUUGCUGGAAUGUUAGAAUGAUAAAUCUACGGAAUAUUCCAUUCACGAUUUUAAUUUUAAUAACACAUUCCCUGACGAAUUCUCGCCAGAGGAUUCUUUUAUUCCUAAAAUUGAAGUUGUAGAAGCAUCGUUUUUUUGCUUGGCGAACAUCAAAAGAAUUACUUGCUUAUAUACUGUUGAAAUAUUCAUCGGAAUGCUUUCACGUACGAAAAAAAUCACGCUCUGACUACUUUCCAAUUUGUUACAGACAUGCGUUGGUUUCGCGGCCACGCCGAGGCACCGAGACUCCUGCGCCUAAGUCCUCUUCGAGCCGACGAAGACGUCAACGAAACGUCCUACCAUUUCCACGCGAGGUCUCGAUGCAGAGACAUAUCGCCAGUGCGAUGGGCCCGGAGAAAAUCAUCGAGUUCCGAAUCCGAGAGAAACUGCUACAACGUGCAGACCUCCCAAGUGACGACCGAGCGAGCCGCCAACAAGAAGGAUAAGAAGAGGAUCCAGGAAGAACGGCGGCGAGUGUGCGAGAAGCGGAAUCCUCUGCUGGACCGUGUGAAGAGCACCAGACUGAGCUUCUUCAAGGAUCGCGAUUCCGACGAGGACGAGAACGAGAACGAUGGCGACGACGAGGAAGCGAGACGGGUCCAGUUCCGUUCGAUGUGCGAGCUGAGGCAUCGCGGUCUGACCAGGAACGAGUUCCGGCGCUCGGUCUGCGAGUCUGACCUGAAGGACAUCACGGAGGAGGGGAACGGCCACACGAAGAGGAAGAGACGCGCCAAGUCGCAGAGCAGGUUGUCGUACAAAAAGCAGCAGGAAGAGCGGUUCUCCUUCUUGGGCUUUCGCACCUCGACGCCACGGAAACAGCCCGAGUGGCGACCGAAAGAGGGGGAUUCGGUCCGGGAGGACGCGAUGCCCCACGACUAUCGAUGGGAGAGGACCGAUCGGAGCUUCCUCGAGGCGAGCCGCGGCGCCGAUCGACCCGGCGUCGAUCAGGUGACGAUGGUCGACACGGGGGUACCUGGACACGCCGGCGAGACGAUUUUCAAGAAGGACGCGACGGCGUUCGACAGCAUCACGCCGUCCAGCUGCCUGGCGGCGAAAUUCCGCGCGAUGCAGGACAGGUACCUGAAGAGCUCGACAAACAGGUUGAUCGCGAAGAUCUACAGGAAGGACUGCAAAGAUCGGGAGAGACGGAGGCUGCGCAGCUUUUCUUACGGUACGCUGCCGGGUCUCGAAGAACUACGAACGAAUCCGCUGUACGAGGAUCAGGAUCAGGACGACAAUGACUCCGGAAUCUUGGACAACGAUUCCGCGACCAGUUCCCUCCUGGACGACAGGUGUAGCAGCGGCGCUUCCGGACCGCUGAACAACGGUAGCCACAACGACUCCUGUUUGGGAUCACCUCCUCAGCUUCCGCCCAGAAGACCCUUCUCGUCUGCCACGGAUGUCGACGGAACCGCGCGACUCUUCGCGAGUUUGGACGUGUAUUACGACAAGACUAAGGACAAGGAUUCCGGGAUGAGUCUUCUUACCGAGGAGUAUUCGAGCGUCUGUCAAGCCGCGAACGGAACGUUGAUAGAUCGUCAAACGGCUCGAGUCUCCGCGGAGAACAAUACGGAUCGGGAGAGAGAGGGAAAAACCGUGGAAGAGGACUCUAAACGGAAGCAACGUGGUGCCGGUUUACAGGCAGUGAGGAGUAGAGCCUACACCACGGAGACGAUGGUCGUGAAACUUCUCAAAGAGACGUCCGAUCAGUGUCUUGGUAUUUUUAUCGCGAAAACCGCGGAGUCCAGUCCGGGGUACUUGGUGGCUCACGUGGUGCCAAACGGACUAGCCGAUAAGGAGGGCACUCUGAGAAUUGGCGACGAGAUCCUGAUCGUCAACGGGAAGAGACUGCGCGGUCUGAGUAUGACGGAAGCUAAGAAGAUCCUGGGUAGCGGUAGCGGGCCCGGUGACAUCGACAUCGUCAUCUCGCGGUUCUCGGACGUCGAACAGCAAGCGAAGAAGCUGAAGGAGAGCAGCGUGGAUUAUGAGAACGUCAGCAUGGAAGACGGCCACGGGGUAAUCGUCGAAAGUUCACCCGGAUCGCAUCACUUCAGAAAGCAUCAGACCAGGUCUCACCGGGACAAAAAGGACGAGUCGAACAGGUCGAUCUCGUCCGAGAAAUUUACGACAAACAUGGAUAGCGGAUUAACGCAGAGUGUCUCGAAGUUCUGUACUCUUCCCAGAAGACCGAGGAGUACGGUGUCUACGUUCCUUACGGUGCUUUUCGAAAAAGGCGCCGGAAAGAAGUCCUUAGGAUUCACCAUAGUUGGCGGAAGAGACAGCCCGAAAGGAAGCAUCGGUAUCUUCAUAAAGUCGGUACUACCCAGCGGACAGGCCGCCGAAGAUGGCCGUUUGCGCGCAGGAGACGAGAUUUUAGCUGUGAAUGGCCAAGUCUGUCACGAUUUGACGCAUCGCGAAGCCGUACAACUUUUUCGCAAUAUUAAAAGUGGGCCGGUUGCUUUGCACCUAUGUAGACGCGUGAAAAAUCGUGAAUCACAAAUAUUAAAAGCCAAGUCGUGCGCAGAUCUUUUGCUGAUAAACACGUGAGAGCGAUGUUGAAAGAGAGGCAGGGGACAUGGCAAAUUAUGUAAAAUACGAAUCGUGUAUAUACUGUACAUUUUCAGAAUUCGCUAGAAAUAAAACAGUUAUUUAAUAACAAUUAUUUAAUUAAUAAUAAUCUGGAUACGGUACCCCAUUCGGUACCUAUAAAGAACAUUAUAUAUCUUUAUUGUCCUCUAUGAUUAAAAAAUGCAUAUAUUGGACGUUCUA